UUCUUUCCCUCACAAUUUCCCAUGAAAAAAAAAAAAACCCACAAAAUAAAAAUCUGUUGUUUUCUUCCCAUUUUGUCCCUUCUUUCCACAACUUCGAGCUAAAGCUGGUUUCCGAUUCUUCCUCUUCCCUGCUGCAAUGGCUCAAUUGCUCUCUCCCGUUUGCACGGACGCCCUCAAAUUCCAAAACCCAUUACGGAGUUUCUUCUGCUCCAGAAGUCGAUGGCGGAUGCUGGCCAACAAGGGUUUCAGCUCCAGCACGCCCGGUCGUGGAGGAAGGCGAAGAGGCUUUGGCACAGUGAAGGUUGCCACUGGGGGUUCGGCGCAGUUGCAGGAUGUUGCCGAUGAUUACUAUGCGGUUUUGGGUCUGCUUCCAGAUGCUUCACAAGGGCAGAUUAAAAAAGCUUAUUACAAUUGCAUGAAAUCUUGCCAUCCUGACUUGAGUGGUAAUGAUGCAGAGACGACAAAUUUCUGUAUGUUCAUCAAUGAGGUUUAUGCGGUUCUCAGCGACCCCGUGCAGCGAAGGGUUUACGAUGAAAUUCAAGGUUAUGCUUUGACUGCAAUCAAUCCUUUCUUGGAUGAUUCCUCCCCAAAAGAUCAUGCAUUUGUGGAUGAGUUUAGCUGCAUAGGCUGCAAAAAUUGUGCCAAUGUAGCACCAGACGUAUUUGGCAUUGAGGAAGACUUUGGAAGAGCUAGGGUCUAUAGUCAAUGUGGGAACCCUGAAUUAGUUCAGCAAGCAAUUGAUAGUUGCCCAGUUGACUGCAUCCAUUGGACUUCUGCUGCCCAACUAUCUUUGCUUGAAGAUGAAAUGCGGAGGGUAGAAAGAGUAAAUGUGGCAUUGAUGCUUUCUGGAAUGGGAUCUGCUUCAUUGGAUGUUUUUAGAAUGGCAAACUCUCGAUGGGAAAAAAGACAAGCAAAAAUCUUGGAGAAAGCUAAAAUAAGGAUGAUGAAUCAGAAAGAUACUGAUAAAGCUGAAUCUUAUUGGGACAAUCUCUGGGGCAAGCCCAGAAACUAUCAAAAAUCAGAAGAGGAAGUGAAAGAGAGAGCAAGAAGAGCUGCUACCGCAGCUCGAAGAUGGAGGGAAUACUCAAGAAGGGGUGUUGAUAAACCUCCCACAUUUAAGUUACCGGAGGCCUUGUUGGACAAGGAAGAUUGAGCAGUACAUUUUUAUAAUCUUGAUGUCUAUUGUCAAGUGUAAUUGGAAUAUGUGAAAUUUCUUUUCUUGAUAAAAAAAAAAUGAUAAAUCAUUUAUCAUAUAAUACUUGUAAAAUUUAUAUUGAUGUUACAACUGUAUGAUAGAACUAGUAUAUGUACAUGAAAUUAAUAAAUUAGAAAAAAUAAAUUAGAGAACUUGUUAGAUAUUCAAUAUAAUAUCUAGUUAUGUUA